UUUUCAAACGUGGGUUCUCCUAAAAUCACUCCAGUGCAUAUACAGUGGUGGACUCAUGGACGUUCUCUUCGACACGAUCAACGUCCAAGAUCUUCUCUCUUCGUCGGAAUCCCCUUCUUCCCCGUUGUCGGCGCCGGAUCUCCGCCUCCUCAUCUCCCGCCUCGACGCCCACUCCCUCCGAAUCAAAUCCACCGUCCAAUCCUACCUCCUCUCCCACCACGCCGACUUCUCCUCUCUCUUCUCUCAGUGCUCCGACGUCGUUUCCAAGUCCGACCACCUCUCCGGCGACAUCGUAUCCCUUCUGAAUCUCAUUUCCGAUCAGCCAAUCGAGGCUGAUGUCGAGAGGAUCAUUCGAGAGAUUGUUGACAAGAGGCGCGAGGCCAGGGAGAAAAAGGAAAUCCUGGAUUUUGUUGGGGUUGUUUUGGAAUUAGAUAGGAAGUUUGGGGUGGUUAGGGAUGAUAUGAAAAAUGGGAGAGUGGUGGAGGCGGCGGAGGGGCUGAGGGAGCUCAAGGAAGCAGUUGGAUUGAAGGGCAAUUCCGAUGCUGAAUCGGCGGUUGAAGGCGAUCCGGCGGUGUAUGGUAUUCUGAAAAAGCAGUGGACUGACUGUUUUGAUGAGAUUCAAGAUUUUCUCUUGAGGUGUAUGGAGAGUGCUGUGCAGUUUGAGGAAGAAGGUAAUGCAGUUCAUGUAAAGCACGAGUUGAGUAUCGACGGAAUUGAUGGGCUAGAGCUCUACACGGUUUUGCAAGCCCUGAAUGUCGCUGACAUCCUCGACUAUGGGCUUGGGAAAGUUGCAGAUAUGAUUACUAAAUACGCUCUUACUCCAAUAAUCACUUGUAGCGCAACUCCUUCAUUUACAGAAGAAAUGAAUCAUGAAUCGGGGCAUGUCUCAGAGGCAGUUCUUAAAAUGGUUCCAUCUGUUGAUCCUAAGGGUAGCAAAGUGGAUGGUGAAAUUAUGUACUCUUACAUUGUCCAGAUCAUUGAAUUUGUCAACAAAUUCUUGUGCUUUCGCGAUGGUUCCUGGAUGUGCUGUUUUGGAAGAUUAACUUGGUCAAGGAUGUCAGAUAUGAUAAUUUCAAAUUUCCUCUCUAAGGUUGUACCGGAUGAUGCUUCCAAACUGGCCGAGUUUCAGGAGAUCAGGAAACUCACUAUUGACUUUGAGACGGCCUUAAGGGAACUUAUGUUCAUAUCUCCAUCUGACGGCAAGGAUGAAAAACUGAGCAAAUUUGCCGACAAUGUUGAGGUGCACUUUGCAUCAAGAAAGAAAAUCCAGAUUUUGGCUAAGGCCAGAAGUUUGCUUCUACAAUGUAAUUUCAGCCUUCCUCAAGACUAUAUUACAAAAAAAUCGGGGAUAAAUAAGGAAGAGCACGCCGAAAAUAUCGCUAAUCAUGUUGUUUUGCUGUUCUCAUCCGAGAAAUGUGUGGUGUCUGAAGCAGCCAGACAACUUAUGGAGCUUGUGCAUCAAACACUUACGGAUGUGUGCCUGUUACCUCCAAAAGUGGGGUUGGAAUUCUAUCACACUGCCAGAAAUGCUCUAGUUCUUUACGAAGCUAUCAUACCCGUGAAGCUUCAAAGGCAGCUUGAUUCCAUAAACCAGGCUGCUGUUCUGAUUCAUAACGACUGUCUUUACCUGUCUCAGGAGAUUCUCGGGCUCGCAUUUGAGUAUCGCCCAUACUUUCCGAGUUCUGUGAAGGAACUGGCUGUAUUUGUUGAUUUGGCUCCAAGGUUUCAACUCAUGGCUGAAGAAGUCUUGCAACGACAAGUUCAGCUUGUUAUAUAUAACUUGAAUCAGGCUAUUGAUGGAGCAUACGGGUUUCAAAAUACCCACCAGAUGAAACAAUUCGAAUCUGCCAAGUUUUGUAUCGACCAGGUUGCAUUCAUAGUCGAGAAAGUACACAUCAUCUGGGAGCCUCUAUUACUUCCUUCAGUCUAUGAGCAGAGCAUGACUAUGAUUUUAGAGGUUGUAUUUUCAAGAAUUGCUAAAGAAAUACUUCUCCUAGAUGAUAUGGCGGCUGAAGAAACAAUGCAGCUUCAGAGACUGAUCCAAUUGUUGUUUGAGCAUCUCUCAUCUUUACUGGAGCCCCUGUUGGCUGUUGACUUGAGUGGAACGGCACAAGAGUCCGUAGAGGAAAGGGAAUAUUUUAUAUUAUCCAUUCGGAAGUUGAGAAAAUUGGCUGAACUUUUGGACAUGCCUUUGAAGUUGAUUACUGCUGCCUGGGAGAGUGGUGAACUUGCUGAUUGUAAUUUCACACCAUCAGAGGUGGAAGAUUUUAUUAGGGCCAUCUUCACAGAUUCACCUCUGAGAAAAGAGUGCUUGUUCAGAAUAGAAAAUUCGAACAUGAGAUAAAAAAGGAAAAAAAGUAAAACGAAAACGUGAGAUAGGAGAUUGAAGAGAUUCACUUUCAAGAAUUGCGUGGGGAUCAAGUAGAGAAAGUAGCAUCAGUUUUAGCAUGAAGGAAUUUUUGUAUCUUUACUUUUUUCUGAAGUAAUUUAUUAAUAGUAAAUUAUGGUAAAAAUAUAUUUUCGAGGAUGUUAGGUUGUCUAUAGGAUAGAAGAUAUCGACUUUUACUCAGGAAACAGUUUCUUGGAAAGAAUAAUAAUCUUUGAUAUGCCUUUUCCUUACUGAUUCCGGUUAGUUUCUUA